AUGAGCACCCUUAGUGGCAAGCUUACCACGCUUGUCUACGAUGAGUACAAUAAGCGCAAAGAGGUGAGGAUGCAGGCGUCCUUCCUCGAGAAGGAGUUGAGCACCAUAAACGCUGCUCUCGAGAAGCCGGAGCUCAUGGAUGAGCUUGCUCCAUGGGUAAAAAAUUGGAGGGAUGAUCUCAGGGAUAUUUCCUAUGACAUGGAGAAUUGCAUUGACGACUUCAUUCGCCAAUCCGGGGAUGAGGAUGUUGAGUUAUGCCUUUCCUGGGAGGCUGCUGAACUUCACAAGAGGUUGUGCGAUCUUCAUCGGAUUUCCAACCAGAUGGAACAGCUUAGGACUCUUGUCGUAGAAGCAAAUGCUGGGAGUUACAAGAGGUUUAUGGCUGUCGCUGUUGAUCCUCGGCUACCCGCGAUCUAUCAGGAGGCAAUUGGCCUUGUGGGCUUUCAGGAGGCAAUUGGCCUUGUGCGCAUUGAUGGCCCAAUGGAGGUGGUUUCCAAUUGGUUGAUGGAUACUCAGAAAAAACUCAAGGUUGUUUCCGUUGUGGGUUUCGGAGGUCUGGGUAAAACUACACUUGCCAAACAAGUGUAUGACAAGAUCAGGGAGCAAUUCGAUUGUGUAGCAUUCAUUUCAGUUUCACGGAGGCCUAACAUGAGAGUGCUUCUAAAUCGCCUACAAUUGAAAUUUGGGAUAAAUGAGUCUUCUAGCGGUCGCGGGUUGGACGACAUCAUUGAAGAGCUAAGGAAGUAUCUUGCAAAGAAAAGGUACCUUAUUGUAGUUGAUGACUUGUGGGAUCAAUCAGCAUGGAAUACUAUUAGUUGUGCUUUCCCAGAAAAUGGAAAUGGGAGUAGAAUAAUUGUAACCACACAAGUAGAAGAUGUGGCUGGCAUGGCCUGUCACAAGGACUGUGAGUGCAUUUACACAAUGAAGCCCCUCAGUGAGCAGAACUCAAGAAUGUUAUUCUCCAAUAGAGUAUUUGGGUCUGAAGUUGUUUGUCCACUCUAUCUUAAAGAUGUUGUGGCUGAAAUUCUAAAGAAGUGUGGUGGUAUGCCACUCGCAAUUGUCACUAUAGCUAGCCUACUAGCUACUCAAGUGAGAUCAAGGAAACACUGGGAGAGCAUAAGGAAAUCUCUAGGUGCCCAAUCCGCCACAAAUCCUUCAUUGAAAGAGAUGAAUAGUAUAUUAAAACUUAGCUACACCCAUCUCCCUCCUCAUCUCCGGCCAUGUUUUCUGUACCUUGGUAUGUAUUCUGAGGACCACAUCAUACUACGGGAUGAUCUGGUUAAACAAUGGAUAGGUGAAGGCUUUGUCAGCAGUUUGCAUGGGCCAGAUUUGGAGGAUGUUGGCAGGAGUUUUUUCAAUGAGCUUGUCAAUAGAAGCAUGAUUCAGCCAUGCGAAAUUAGCUAUGGAGAGGUGUUGUCUUGCAGAGUACACGACAUGAUGCUUGAUUUGAUCCUAAGCAAGUGCGUAGAAGAUAAUUUUGUAAGUGUGGCAUACAAAUCUGAGGACAUGGCAAGAAUGCAGCAUAUCUGUAAAUACAAGGUUCGCCGAUUAUCCCUGUGUUCCAUGGGUGUUGGUGGAGCAACAUAUGACUCGGCUAUUGCUGCCAGGCUGCCACAAGUUCGAUCAUUACUGUUCAAGACGGGAUGUAAUCCUAUACUCCCUCUUUUGUGGUUCAAGUACCUCAGGGUUCUAAUCAUUUUGAAGGGGCACUAUGUGUGGGAGGAGAUAGUUGACCUCACCGCUGUUAGCCAAUUGUUCCAGCUGAGGUGUGUGACGGUAAGUGCUUAUGGGAAGAUAAAGCUCCCUACUAAACUUGGUGAGCUUGUUUACUUGGAGACACUGGACAUAGAAAAGUGCACACUGAUGGAGAGCAUCCCCUCAGAUAUAGUUCAUUUGCCCCGCCUGUCCUAUCUGCUUCUUCCAAAUUGGACAAAGCUGGCUGAAGGUAUUGGGAAUAUGAAAUCAUUGCGGACUCUGCGAGGGUUGGACAUGGAAAAGAGCUCGCUGAAGUGUUUUAUGGGUCUCAGCAAGCUGACCAAUCUGAGGGAACUGCAUAUGUCAAUAGAUUUUAGUUUGGGGUUGUCAGACAUCAGGGAUUGCACAUUGCCUGCGCUUCCUUAA